AUGCAGCACUGCGCUGGUGCUUGUGGCCGCAAGCAGCGUCCCGCGACGCUUGCUGAAAUAUUCUGGAUUUGCCUGCGCUGCAGUGCAGCAGCCGAGUGCAGUCCCCUUUACAUAGUUGCCCAGCUUUUGAACACCAGCCGUGAGCGCAUGACCUUGUGGGUGUGGCCAUGCUGUUCGCGCUCUGCAGGCUAUUCUCAGGGCCAAAGUGCAGAGGAUGCUCCGUUUGGCCGGAACUGGGCAGCAGAAGUUCUGCAGCCUCCCCGACCACGAAGGCCACGAAACACCGGGGCGCUUCCCAACAGGCUGCUGGGAGCUUUGGCCUUGCUGAGAGAUCCAGCAGAAUUAGAUGGCGAAGGACUUGGACGUGCCGCCACGGCGGCAGCAAGAGAGGGCCUCGACGACGAGGCAUGGUGGGCUGCGUUGACGAAGCGAACGAAGGAACUGUCCGAUUCGUUGGCAAUGCAUGACGUGUCCCUCAUCCUGAACGGCAUGGCGAGAUCCAGGCGCCUGGAUAAGCAGCUUGUUCAGGCAUUGCUUCCGCGCAUUUGUGCAAACCUGGUAUAUCUCACUUCUGCGCAUCUGGCCAUGCUUGCGAGUUCGGUGGCCAAGGCCGAGAUACACAACCCGCAGUUUACCAACCUCUUGACGCGUGAGUUGAAGUCGGUUGGCAACGUCUUAAAACUGCAGCUGUUGCCACACCUUUCUGAUGGUUUCAAGCUUGCCGGAAACGGUAGCCAGGAAGCUCCGUAG